UCAUUCACAACUUCCAUCAUGGCGAUCACGCAAGCAAACAUUGACCCCACCUCUCAAACCCUCUUGCAAUUGUCUUCCCUGAUCCAGAAGACAAUUAGUUCUUAUAUCUCCCAUCGCCAGUCCACCAUCGUUUCCUCCACCACCGAAGAUGGUCUUGGUAUCCCUUCGCGCCCCCUGUUUGAUGCUCAACGGACACUCUUGGCGGCGGCAGGAAAACUCACGGAGCUUGUUUCGAGUCCUCAGACACGUCUGAUUGAGGUUGCUAAUCAGUACUUCGAGGCACGGGCUCUGCACGUUGUCGCCGACAAGCGCAUCCCCGAUAUCCUGGCCAAGCGCGAGAAAGGCGUUUCCGUCACCGAGUUGAGCCAAGAGGUGGGCAUCGAGGCGCGAAAGUUGUCCAGACUCCUUCGCUGUCUCUGCUCCAUCCACAUUUUCAACGAAAUCGAGGAAGAUGUUUUUGCCAAUAAUGACAUCUCCCGAGCUCUGGUUGGGAACGAGCCCCUCAGGGCUUACAUUAUGCUCUUUGGCUUGGACUUGUAUACUGCUUCCGACCACCUGCCUCGCUAUCUUUCGGACCCCGAAAAAGGCCCUUCGUACGCGGUUGAGGUCACCCCGUGGCAGGAUGCUGUUAACACCGACAAGCCCCGUUGGGAUUGGCUUGAGGAGAAAGCCAAGGCUGGUGAUCUCAAAGCCCUCUGUGAGAACGGAACCAACGGUGCCACCAGCUCUUAUCCCGGCUCUUUCGGCAACACUCUGCAAGAAGGCCUCACCUCUGUUGCCGCCAGUGGUAAGACAAAUGGUGAAGCAGCCAAUACUUUGGUGGCGAGACCAGAGCAUGCCAUUUUCGGGCUGGCCAUGCUGGGUGGUGGCAGAGUCUAUGGCAAGGCUCACCUGUUUGAUUUCCCUUGGGGUGAAUUGGGCGACGCCACUAUUGUCGACGUCGGCGGUGGAGUUGGCUCUUUCAGUAUGGAGCUUUCUCGCCUUUACCCGAACCUCAACUUUGUUGUCCAAGACCGCGCUCCAGUCCUCCAGCAAGCCGAAACUGAGGUCUGGCCAAAGGAGCACCCCAAAGCUUUGCAAUCGGGCAAGGUCAAGUUCUGGCCUCACAACAUGUUUGAGCCCAACCCAGUGAAGGGGGCAGAUGUGUAUUGGCUGCGGUACAUCAUGCACGAUUGGUCUGAUGAUUAUUGCGUGCAGAUCUUGAGUGCUAUCAAGCCGGCUAUGGGACCGCACAGCCGAAUUCUCAUCUGCGAUCAAGUAAUGAAUACCACUUUUGGCUCGGCCGAGAUCGAACCAGCGCCGGCACCAUUGCCGGCCAACUGGGGGUAUUACACACGGUACUCCCACCAGCGCGAUUUGGCCAUGUUGUCAAUCAUCAAUGGCAUCGAGAGAAAGCCAGCUGAGUUCAAGGACAUUAUCGAGCGCGCUGGUCUCAAACUGCGCAAGAUUUGGGAUUGUAGAAGCCAGGUUGGUUUGGUUGAGGUGGUGUUGCCUGAUUCGCAGCUUGCAUAA